GUUUACUCUACAAAAACACUAUAAAUGACAUCCACAAACGAAAUAAUAGCUGAGAACCUUGAAACUAUAGACCAAGCAGAAGGGGAAGACAUAGUAAACACAGAGGAAAAUAACAAUGAAGAUUCUUCUGCACAAGAGGAAAAUGGCUAUGCAGUUGAAAACGGAGAAAAUACCAAAGUCCCGGUAAACAGCGAUGAUGAAUAUGACACCGACUUGGAAGCAGAAGUGCCGCACGAAGACUACGACCCGACUGGUAAAAAUGUUUAUCUGUCUUGCUGCAAGUCACUAGACGUCACUCCUGUCUCCUAUUUCAUACGACAUAUCAGGGAUCCCAAAGUAAAACUACGGCACCGAGGAUUGGGGCCAAAAGGAACCAAAGCUAUGGCAAUAGCCUUAGUGCUGAACACAUCCAUCACAAGCCUUGAUCUCCAUGACAACGCCCUUGAACCUGAUGGAGGGACUUACAUUGCAGACAUGCUAAAGGAAAAUUGCUUUGUACAAGAAUUGGAUAUUUCAUCAAAUAACAUUGGAAAUAAAGGCUGUCAAGCUAUAUGUGAAAUGCUUCAAGUCAACACGAACCUACAAAAAUUAGAUCUUUCCGAUAACAAACUAACAGACAAAGAAAGUCAAUACAUCGCCGAUGCAAUGAGGGGAAAUGAAAAACUGCUUUGGCUGGAUUUAAGCAAUAAUCGUUUUUCUGAAAAUUCGGGAGAAAACCUUGGUCUUGGUAUAGUUUCCAAUGAUUCCCUCGAGUACCUCAAUCUAAGCUGGAAUCAUAUUCGAAAAAAGGGAGCUAUUCAAAUAUCACAUGGAAUAAGGUCUAACUGCACACUCAAGACCAUCAACCUGUCAUAUAAUGGAUUUACAGAUGAUGGCGCUCUCGCAUUAGGAGAGGCAAUAAAAUUCAACAAUACGUUAAUAGAACUGGAUAUAAGCAAUAACCGAAUAACAAACCUUGGAGCCAUGUGUUUGUCCAAAGGAAUAGAAAGCAACAACACACUAGAAGUAUUAAAGAUUGGGUAUAACCCGAUCCAAAGCGAUGGACUAGCAUCAAUUGUCAACGCAUCACUAUCUUACUGUGAUAGUGCACUAGCAACCUUGUAUUGUCAAGAUAUUUACCUCGAUAAAAAUUUUCAUGACCUCCUUCAUGAAGUUAACAAGAUGAAACCCGAAUUCAAAGUUGUACCGUCCCCGAGAGCAGGAGGAAAGGAUCCCAUGAAAGCUCUACAGAGAUAUAUAGAAGAAGACCGUGAUAGAUGGCUGGAAUUAUUCACAGAUUGCAGUGAUGAUGUAUCCAACAUGGUUACACGUAAAAACUUUAUCAAUGUACUUAAGAAAACCGGUCUUAACCUAAAAGAUGACGAGAUGUCACGACUUCUUCAACAGCUCGACCCAACCAGGACGGGAAUGGUGUGUUGCAGGCACACAAGACUUGGGUUUGAACCGCCAUUGAAGAAAACACUCGGGAGUUCGUGACCACAAUAAAUUCAACCGAAGUCUAAAUAUAUCAAUUUUUAUACAAAAUCUAUUUUUUAUUUUGUAAAACUUUCAAUUCUACAUUUAUGAAUAAAUAUAGUAUAACUUUGA